AUGGCCGAACACGACCUGACAAAAACGAUAAUACCCUACCUAGAUCGGCACCUCGCCUUUCCUCUCCUCGCGCACCUGGCCGAACUGUCGAUUUUCACCGAUCGGGAUGUGCAGAUUGCGCAGUACGAGUUGGUGAAGGGGACGAAUAUGUAUGAUUACUCGGCGCAGUUGUUUAAGAGUAUCUAUCCUGAUCAGGAGGUUCCUGCUGAGUUUGAGGAGGCGAGGAAGAAUGCGCUGUCGACGCAUGAACGGUUGCAGCAGGAGGCGCAGGCUGUUUUUGACGUUAUCGAGAACCCAGAGGUCGCACAGGCGUUGAGGCAGGAUAAGAUCCAAAACUUGCAGUAUCUGAAGGAUAACUACAACCUCACGCUGGAACAAAUCACGGCGUUGUACCACUACGGCAAAUUCCGCUACUCGUCUGGAAACUACAGCAGCGCUGCAGAUUAUUUGUACCACUUCCGCGUCCUCUCGACCGACGCCGAACUCAACACCUCCGCGCACUGGGGCAAACUCGCCUCGGACAUCCUCUCCGGGCGGUUCGACGUCGCCCUGGAGGAACUAAACACCCUGCGCGAGACGAUCGACACCCGCACCUCGGCCUCGCUCCUCGCAGCCGCAGCCGCCGCAUCCUCGACUUCGUCCUCCCAAACGACGUCCGACCCCGCCCUGAUCCAGCUGCACUCGCGCACCUGGCUCGUGCACUGGAGUCUGUUCGUCUACUUCAACCACCCCGAAGGCCGCACGCUCCUCCUCGAGACCUUCCUCUCGCCGACCUACCUCAACACCAUCCAGACCGCCUCCCCCUGGAUCCUGCGCUACCUCGCCGCCGCCGCCAUCCUCUCCCGCAAAACAGCCGCCGCGUCCAACAACAGCGCCGCCCCCGUCUCCUCGCGCGUCCGGCACGCGAUUCGGGAGGUCGUCAAGGUCAUCCAGACGGAGGAGUACCAGUACCAAGACCCGAUUACGAAUUUCUUGAGGGAGCUGUAUGUGGAGUUUGAUUUUGAGCGGGCGCAGCAGGAGUUGAGCAAGGCUGAGGAGGUGGUUUCGAAUGAUUUCUUUUUGAACCAGUUUGUGGAGGAGUUUUUGGAUAAUGCGCGGUAUUUGAUUAGUGAGGCGUAUUGUCGGAUUCAUCAGAAGAUUGAUAUUGCCGAUCUCUCGGCGAGGCUUAAUCUGUCGCCUGAGGACGGUGAAAAGUGGAUCGUCAACCUCAUCCGCGAGACGAGGAUGGGUGCUGAUGCUAAAAUCGAUUUGGGCAAGAACGUAAUCGAAAUCAACCGCCCCCCUCAACCCGUAUACCAAACCGUCAUCGAAAAGACACGUGGUCUGGCGUUGAGGACGCAGGCGAUGGGUGCGGCGCUUGGACGCGCGGCUGCGUUGACGCAUCAGCAACUUGCCCAACAACAACAGCAAGGUGGUCAAGGGCAGCAGGCUCAGGGAGGUCAACAGGGAGGUCAGAGGCAGCAGGAGGCGAAGGUCGCGCAGCCGCCGCCUGCGGGACAGACUGUUGCCGUUGCGUGAUGCGUGAAAGUUACGGUUGGGUAUGGCUUUGCUUUGUAGGGUUGGAGAAGCUCGUUGUUGUGAAUACCAUGUCUCGUUUUUCU